AUGGAAAUGCUAAUUAGCUUGAAUAGAUGCUUUGGUGAUAAGGGCGACGUUGAAGAUAUCACAGAAGCGGAUAUCAUUUCUACUGUCGAGUUCGAUCAUACCGGAAACUAUCUUGCUACAGGAGAUAAGGGUGGGAGAGUAGUAUUGUUCGAGCGGAAUGAGACGAAAAAAACAUGCGAGUAUAAAUUUCACACCGAGUUCCAGUCCCAUGAGCCAGAAUUCGACUAUUUGAAAUCACUAGAAAUCGAGGAGAAGAUCAACAAGAUUAAGUGGUGCAGGCGAUCAAACUCGUCUCAUUUUCUUCUCUCGACAAAUGACAAAACGAUAAAACUCUGGAAGGUGUUCGAUAAGUCGUUGAAGGUCGUUGCAGAAAAUAACCUCUCGACUGAGCUUACACCCGCAGGCGUUGGGGGUGGAGGGGCGCCUCGCGCCCCUCGUUUGUCUUUCAAAGAUCCAUCAAUGUUGAAGCUUCCCAGGAUGACACACCAUGAUACCGUUGUGGCAGCCGUGCCUCGAAGGACGUAUGCAAAUGCACACGCAUACCACAUAAACAGCAUUUCCGUCAACAGCGACGGGGAAACCUUUAUUAGUAGCGAUGACCUCCGAAUCAAUUUGUGGAACCUUAAUAUCCAAGACCAGAGUUUCAACAUUGUCGAUAUCAAACCCGCAAACAUGGAGGAGCUGACGGAAGUGAUUACGGCUGCGGAAUUCCACCCGACCAGCUGCAAUUGGUUUAUGUACGCCAGCUCGAAAGGCACAAUCAAGCUUGCCGACAUGCGGCAGCGGGCGUUGUGUGAUGAACACCAUAAACUCUUCGAGCAAGAGGAGGAUGCCUCCUCCCGCUCAUUCUUCUCCGAGAUUAUUUCUUCGAUUUCCGACGUACGGUUUUCGCAUGAUGGUCGCUAUAUCGUGUCGAGGGACUACCUUACUGUUAAAAUCUGGGAUGUCAACAUGGAGCGCCAACCAGUGAAGACGAUUCCCAUCCACGAGCAUUUGCGGCCACGCCUGUGUGACACUUAUGAGAAUGACAGUAUCUUCGAUAAGUUCGAAGUGGUCUUCUCUGGAGAUGCGGAGAAUGUCAUGACUGGAAGUUACAACAACAACUUUAUGAUCUACCCUACCGACCCAGCCAAGGAGACCGAGAUUGUGUUGCAGGCGGAUAAAUCGGCGUUCAAAGCAAAGAAGGUUGGCGUACCAACGCCGAUGAACAAGGGUGCCAAUGGCAAGAAGGGAAAUACCCGAGCUGGAAGCCCUGGUGGUCCUGGCAGCCGGAUGAAGAAGGAGACGGACGCAGAUCAGAUCGACUUUAACAAGAAGAUCUUACACAUGAGCUGGCAUCCUUAUGAGGAUAGUAUUGCUAUUGCUGCUACUAACAACGUAAGUGGCUUCUGCACCGAUGGUUCAUAUUCAUAA